AUGGAUAAGAAAGUUUCUAAAAAGCUCAAAAAUUUUGAAACAAUGAAUUGGUUGAAAAACCGAUUUAAGAAUUAGGUUAGGGAAAAAUAUAUCCUAAAUGACUAAGAACUCAAGGAACAAAUCAUGAUGAAGGCUGUUUUCAAAUCCAUCGAUAGAGACAAGUCAAAAUUCUUAGAUAGGUCAGAACUCUAUGAUAUGUUCAAACGAUACGGCAUCAACAUCACUAAAACCAAGUUGAAGGAGUUUUUUAAAAGAAUCGAUCAAGACGAAGACGACAAACUCAAUUGGAAUGAUUUCAAAUAAGCCUUGCAAAACCAAGAAGCAUUGUAAAUGUUUGCCGAACUCAUGAGAAAGGUAAGAGAAUCCUCGGAAAAAAAAGGAAAAGUAGAAGAAUUGAAUUUCAUCCCCUUGAGUUUUCCCAACAUGAUUCAAUACAUGAAUUAUUGUGUAUUAAGAGAAGAACUUAUUCAAAAGAUCAACUCUAAUUAGUUAAAUGCUCAAUAGAAGAUUAAAUAAUGCAAGAAUCUGUUAUCUUUGGAGGAUAUAUGCUAUAAUAAGGUUGUUGAGUUAAAAGAUGAUAAUGAUGACGACUAGGAAGAGGCUGCCUUCAUUAAGUCAGCUAAGAAAUCUUAUGAUCAUCAAUAAGUUGCUAUUUUACGAAGGUUGUAAGAAAAAGAAUAAAUUGAAUAACGUCAAGUAAAAAUUAAUUUUAGGUAUUAGAGUCGCUUACGAAGAUUAAGUACAUCAUAGUAUUACAGAACUGAUAAUGAAAAAAAUAAUAGAUCAUUAAGAUAAAAGAGCUGUCAAUUCAACACUGAUAAGAAUUAAAAUGCCCAAUCAGAAUUUAAGUAAAUUGACCAGUUAAUUUCUGAAAAUCGCAAAGAUCUUCCUGCUAUUAAAAAUGACAUCUAGUAAAAAGUACAGAUUCCUAUGUUAAUGUCAGAAAGAAUAUAUGAAAGUGAUACUCCUUACAAAUACAAUCAGAAAGGCAAGGAUUCUUCUAUUCCAGAGAUUCCUAAAGGGCAGCACUUCAUGACAUAGAAUCUUAUUAGUCUCAGAACACAAUCCAAGUCAUCUAAUAGAAAACAAUAGAUUUCGAAAAGUAGAAUUAAAAUGCUGUCUUAAACAGAGUUACCCAAAAAUUUAAAUAAAAGAUGA